CGAUGACUGACGAACUCGAGCCUACGUUAGAAAAUGUUGUAAAUAACAAGACACUCAAAUGGAUCUUCUGUGGUGGAAAAGGUGGUGUUGGUAAAACUACCACAUCUUGUUCACUUGCUAUCCAACUCGCAAAAACUCGCGAGAGUGUUCUCUUGAUAUCAACAGAUCCUGCACACAAUCUAUCUGAUGCAUUUGGACAGAAAUUCUCAAAAGAGGCUACAAAAGUUAAUGGCUUUGAGAAUCUAUCUGCUAUGGAAAUUGAUCCUUCUGCAGCAUUACAAGAAAUGGUUGAGAAUGACCAAGCUGGCGAUUCUGGCGUAGGUAAUUUCGUACAAGACCUUGCAUUCGCCAUUCCAGGUGUAGACGAAGCAAUGGGUUUUGCAGAGAUUAUGAAAUACGUAAACUCACAACAAUACUCAUGUAUCGUCUUUGAUACCGCUCCAACUGGACACACCUUGCGUUUCUUAUCAUUCCCUACUGUUCUUAGUAAGGCAUUGGAGAAAAUUAGUUCUCUUUCAGGUAGAUUCGGUGGUCUUAUCAACAAUUUCUCAGGUAUGAUGGGUGGUGGUGCACCUGCACAGGAGGAUAUAUUCGCGAAAUUGGAAAGCAUGCGUACAACAAUUGAUCAAGUCAACACUCAAUUCAAGAACGCGGAUUUGACGACAUUUGUUUGCGUAUGUAUCGCUGAAUUCUUGUCUAUUUACGAGACCGAACGUUUAAUUCAAGAGUUAUCGACAUAUGGAAUUGAUACCAGCAAUAUCGUCAUCAACAAUCUCUUAAUGCUUCCACAAGAUGACCAAGGCAAGUCUGUUUCUAGCUGUGACAGAUGUUUGGCAAGAGACGCAACACAGAAGAAAUACCUCGCAGAAGCUGAUGAUUUAUAUGGUGAAGAUUUCCAUAUUGUCAAGAUUCCUUUAUUACUCAAUGAACCACGGGGUGCACCAAGUUUACUAAAAUUUGGUGAGAUGCUUGUCGAUAAGACCCGCAAUCAAGAAUAAAACAUGUAAAAAUGGAAUAAUAAUUGAAUUACAAUUUGUAAAUUGACAAUAGCAAAGUUUGUAGGCA